AUGCGUGCCACUCUUGUUUCCCUCUUGCUGGCUGCUGCCCCGGCCCUCGUUUCCGCCAAGGGUACCCUUGGUUUCUCUCUUGGUGACAAGAAUGCCGACGGCACUUGCAAGUCCACCAGUGACUACGAAGCCGAUUUUGAUGCCCUGAAGGGUUUGUCCACUCUCGUCCGUACCUACUCCGGUACCGAGUGUGACACUCCCCAGAACAUCCUUCCUGCUGCUAAGAACAAGGGCUUCAAGGUCGUUCUGGGCAUGUGGGUUGGCAAGCCCACCGACCCGAACAACCUCCUUUCCGAGCCUUCCUUUGCGGGCGAUUGGUCCGCUAUUAAGAAGGCCAUCCCCGGUCACGAGGACGUCAUUCACGCCAUCACUGUCGGUUCCGAGACCCUUUACCGUGGAGACUUGACCGGACCCCAGCUCCACACCUACAUCAGCCAUGUUAUGGAUGGCGUCCCGGAGGGUGUCUUGGUCGGUACCGCCGACAGCUGGAACAAGUUCGCUGAUGGGACUGGUGAUGCUCUCUUCACUCAGGAGCCCAUUGUGACUUAUGUCCUGGCCAAUGCCUUUGCUUACUGGCAGGGUACUGCCGCCGACCAGGCCCACAAGACUUACUUCGAUGAUAUGUCUGGUGCCAUGGAGCACAUCCAGAAGGUUGCCGGUGACAAUGCGAAAAAGAUCAACAUUGUCAACGGUGAGACCGGCUGGCCCACCGAUGGUGGUUCCGACUAUGAGGCUGCCAAGGCUGGCACCAAGAAUGCUGAGACCUUCUGGAAGACUGGUGUUUGUGGUAUGCUUGACUGGGGUGUGGAUCUGUUCUACUUUGAGGCAUUUGACGAGUCAUGGAAGCCCGACUCCAAGGGUGACAACGGAGAACUCAAGGACGAGAAGCACUGGGGUCUCUUCACCGCUGACCGCAAGACCAAGUUCGAUACCUCUUGCCCUUAG